CUUAUGUUUGUGUUUAAAAUUUAGUGUGAUAACAUUAUAUCCACGAGUCACGACUACCUUCAGACUUGGAUAUAAACUAUAAAAUAUAAAUAUAAUAAAUUAAUUUAAUCAACAGGCUCUUUUCAAACGCAUCGCGGUUUUUACACUUUAUCUUUUUUACGAAUAAUAAUCAUAAUAAUUUAUAAUAUCUACUCGUUUUUCUUGUUUUUUUACAUUUGUUCUGUUUUAUUAUUAAUUAAUUAUAAUAAAUAUUAAAUUAAAUUUGAUCAUUAGAUACCUAUAUGAUUUAGUGCAUAAUAAUGUACUUUUUGAAAGAAAUACCUAGAUAAAAUACUGAGCAAAGGUCAACUUCACUGUUAUAUAAAAUCAUUGCAACAUUUGUACAAUGGCUUAAAUAUUCUGUUCUUCAUCUUCACAUACCCGGACAUGUCUUGGAUACGCGACAACUCUAUGACAUGGAUGCAACGGCUUUGCGCACAAGUGCUCACGUAUGGAGAGAUACCGAAACAUGUAGCGUUUAUAAUGGAUGGCAAUAGGCGUUAUGCUAAGAAAAAUUGUGUUGCCAAGAAAGAAGGCCAUGUAAAAGGGUUUGACAAAUUAGCUGAAACAUUGCAAUGGUGUUUGCAUUUAGGUAUAAAAGAAGUUACUGUGUACGCAUUCAGUUUAGAUAAUUUUAAGCGAACUCAAGAAGAAAUUGAUGCAUUGUUUGAUCUUGCCCGAGAAAAAUUUAAAAGACUUUUGGAAGAAAAAGAUAAAUUGAAUGAGCAUGGUGUGUGUAUUAAUGUUAUUGGUAACAUCAAAAAGUUACCAGAAGAUUUGGUGAAGUUAAUAGCAGAAUCAAUGUAUAUAACAAAACAAAACAACAAAACAUAUUUAAAUGUUGCAUUUUCUUAUACUGGACAUGAUGAAUUAACAAAUGCAUUCAAUCAAAUAUCUAAUGGUAUUAAAAAUAAUGAUUUGGAGGAAUCAGAUUUAUCAGUUGAAAUAUUAGAUAAUUGUAUGUAUACCUAUCCGUCCCCACCACCUGAUUUAUUAAUACGCACAUCUGGUGAGACUAGACUGAGUGAUUUUAUGUUAUGGCAGUGUGCUUACAGUUAUAUCUAUUUUACAUCAGUCUUAUGGCCAGAAUUUACUGCGUGGGACUUUAUGAUUGCUAUUUUCAUGUACCAAAGAAAUUUUAGAGCAAUUAUACCUUUUAAAUUACCAACUAAAAAAUUGAGUUCAAAAGCUGAAAAAUUUGUAGAAAAUGUACAACAAAAUCGGUUAAAUAGUCUUUAUGCAAUUGCGUGAUAAUAUUAUUGUUUUUUUAUUUUUAAUUUAUAAAAUUUAAUUUAUUUACAUAAUAAUUAUAUAUGUACGUAUUUAUUAUGUAAGUAGUACAUUUAUUUAUAUAUGAAAGUUAUACAUUAUUUUAAAUAUUAUUUUUUUAAUAAGUCUA